AGCAGCGGCGGGACCUCUGAGCUCCUUAAACUGUCUCAGCUUUUCUCGUGGAGGCUGCUUCUCCACGACCUCCGAGCAGAAGAGGGGCCGGCAUUUAGGUCAAAGACCUUGGGGUUCCGAGUCCCUCCUUCUUCCCGUCCUGUGAAGGCGUGACCCAUUUCAGCUGUCUGUAAAGUGGGGCCAUUAGUCCCUGCCUCGUGGUGGGAAAACUGGGAGGCUGAACCAGGAGCCCGCCGCUCCCACCCCGCCUCGGGAGCAUCUCUCUCCGCAGACUGUUUCCUGGCGAGGUGCGCCUUCGUUCUUUUCCGCCCUUUGGAACAUAGAGCGGCCCCUUGGCCUCCGGUUCCGCGCUUCCCGCGGUUGGAGGCGUGCCCGGAAGUGCCCCUAAAGCAGCCAGCCGGGCCGCGGACGCUUCGCUAUGGCGACGGCGGGGGCUCCGCGGCGCUUCUGCCGCUGCGCCUGUUUCUACACGGAGAACCUGUACGCGGCGCGCUAUGGAUUGCACGUGCGCUUUCGGGGCGAGCAGCAGCUGCGCCGGGACUACGGCCCGAUCCUGCGCAGUCGAGGCUGUGUCAGCACCAAGGACUUCCAGCAGCUGUUAGCAGAGCUUGAGCAGGAGGUGGAGCGGCGGCGGCGGCUGGGGCUGGAGUCAGCCACUAGGAAAGCCCUCAUUGCAAGUUCCUACCGCCUGGCACGGCCUGAGGUGUACGACUCACUGCAGGAUGCAGCUCUGGCUCCUGAGUUUCUGGCUGUGGCUGAGUACAGUGCAUCCCCCGGCGCAGACCUCAAGGGCCUUCUCCAGCGUCUGGAGACAGUAUCUGAGGAGAAGCGCAUCUACCGGGUGCCAGUGUUCUCAGCGCCCUUCUGCCAGGCCCUGCUGGAGGAGCUGGAGCACUUCGAGCAGUCUGACAUGCCCAAGGGGAGGCCCAACACCAUGAACAACUAUGGGGUGCUGCUGCACGAGCUUGGGCUGGACGAGCCGCUGGUGACCCCACUUCGGGAGCGCUUCCUGCAGCCGCUGAUGGCCCUGCUGUACCCCGACUGUGGAGGGGGCCAGCUCGACAGCCACCGGGCUUUUGUGGUCAAAUACGCACUGGGCCAGGAUCUGGAGCUAGGCUGCCACUAUGAUAAUGCUGAGCUCACUCUCAAUGUGGCCCUGGGCAAGGUCUUCACAGGGGGCACCCUGUAUUUCGGGGGCUUCUUCCAGGCACCCACAGCCCUGACGGAGCCCCUGGAGGUUGAGCACGUGGUAGGCCAGGGCAUCCUGCACCGGGGCGGCCAGCUGCAUGGGGCCCGGCCCUUGGCCACUGGUGAGCGCUGGAACCUUGUCAUCUGGCUCCGCGCAUCUUCUGUGCGCAACCGCCUCUGUCCCAUGUGCUGCCGUAAGCCUGAUCUGGUGGACGACGAGGGCUUCGGUGAUGGCUUCACCCGAGAGGAGCCUGCCACAGUGGAUGUGUGUGCACUCACCUGAGCCUACUUGGACCCAGUGUGGGGGUGGCAGGGCAGGUGAGGGCUCCGUCACCUUGGGCUGGUGGCAGAAAUUAACUCCCUGCAGCCUACUGCACUUCUUGGCCCAAGGCUGUGCCAGAUUCUGGGUUAUCCUCUGGGCAAACAGGCUGCUUUAGUUCAGGUUUGUUGGAAGCGGAGUCUGGAAUGAGGCUUCAGCAAGGGAGUGAGGAAAGCAGGGGAGGGCAGGGAGCAGGUGGGCAAGGAAGUGGCUUCAGAGGAAGUCCAGCCUCAGCUGGGCCCUCGGGGAGCUUCAGGCAGAGCCCACAGUUCUGCAGUGUACCCACAGCAUUGGUUAGUGGCUCCUGGAUGAGGGAGGGAUGAGUAACUUCCCAGACACUUAUCUCCAGGGCAGGGUGGCUUCCAGUGGCCAAGAGAAGCCUCCACAGACAGCACAGUUGUGAAUUCUCAGCAGCAGAGACAGCACCCUCAGUGGACUUGGGUGGACCAGCAGUAGCAUCUUCUAGAUGGCAGAGGGGUGAAUGGCAGGGCCAGGAACCAGGCUGCCCAGGUUCCCAUUCUGCUUAUGCCACUUCCACACUUUGUGUGGCUUUGGGUGAGCCUUCACCUUUUGGUGCCUUGGUUUCCUCAUGUGAAGAGCACCUACCUCCUAGAGCUGUUCUGAGAGUCAAAUGCGCAGACGUUUAUAAAGUGCUUUGCAAAGA